CAUCACUUGACGACACUCGUUGUCGCAUUAAUUUUGCUGUCGACCCAACUCGACUAUAUACGACCGAGUCGAUACUGCUUAUCCUCCCCGACGACAUAAUCGCGCGUGAUCCGAAGAAGCCACCUUGCGGAAGCCCACGGCAAACAACGAUCGAUACCAUCUCACGAAUAAACCAACGGUGACCACCGAUGCCGAGCGCAACGGCCUCUGGAGCCGACACCGGUUCGGCCCGCUCUCGCGAGCACAACCAGGGCAACCAAGGACGAGGAUUCACACCUGACCAAGAGGCUGCGGUUAUUCGAAUCCGGAAAUGCAGCGCCACGGCCUUUUACGACAUCCUCAAUCUGGAGACCGUCAAGACGACAUGCACAGAAAGCGAGAUUAAAAAGGCAUACCGGAAGCAGUCGCUUCUGACCCAUCCCGACAAAAAUGGACACCAGCACGCGGAUGAGGCUUUCAAGAUGGUUAGCCGAGCAUUCGGCAUUCUAGGCGACAAGGAGAAGCGCGAGAAGUUUGACCGACUUGGGACAGACCCCGAUAGUCGGUUCGCGAGCGCCCAGGCGCAGAACCCCUUCUCUGGCUUCGCGCAGCGACAACAAGGAGGAGGCAUGGGUCGAGGCGGGUGGGACGACGAGUUGACUCCCGAGGAGAUGUUUGCUAGAUUCUUUGGCGGACAAGGAUUUGGAGGAGGAGCACCGUUUGGAGGUUUCGAUACAGGCCCGCAGUUUGUAUUCAACUUUGGUGGAGGCCCUGGAAUCCGCGUGCACCAGUUUGGAGGUGCCAGACCGCGAACGAGGCCCCGCGAGGCCAACCAGGGCGGGCGACAGGAAUCAAGCCCUCUACAGACGUUCCUUGGACUUCUCCCAGUCAUCCUCUUCUUUAUCCUGCCGAUAGUUACCUCGAUCUUCUCCGGCGAAUCCUCGACCUCGGCCUCAACUCCCCGCAUGGUUUACGACCACCCGCUACAUCCGUAUACCGAAGGCCGUACCACGCCGAACUUGGGCGUUGAAUACUUUGUUAAUCCCGAUGAUGUUCAGCAAUUUACCGACGGAAAGCUCACCAAACUCGACCGGACAGCCGAGGUGAAUCUCGUGAGGCACCUGAAGAGCGAAUGCGACAACGAGAUGACGAUUCGACAGAGGCUGAGGGAUGCCGCCCAGGGAUGGUUCUACCAGGACCCUGAGAAGAUGGCAGUGGCAGAGACAUACACCUUGCCUGCGUGCGACAGACUACGUAACUUGGGAAUUGGCCGAUGAGGUUGGCGCGGAUAGUUUGUUGUUGUAUGGAUGACGGCCGGGAGUUGGCGUUGUGGCAUUUUGGGGACAGCGAACAGGAUGAACAUUGCCAUGAAUCGUCCAGCAGUAAUAUACGUGACGAUACAAACGUCAUGGUUGAUAUCAAAUGCCAAGUUGGCCUCGUAUGGACGCCCACGUCAUUUGUGGCGGUGCGUGGCUGGAUAAGCAGGUGGCGGGGCCCCUUCCAUCUGGCCCGACACGCAAGCUUGA